UUGUGCGAUAUAUAUAUAUAUAUAUAUUUUUUUUUUACAGUUUUGCUAUUUCCGUAAGAUUGUCAUGCGUUUGCACACCAUGGUUAACUUAAUAUUGAAUCAUUAGAGAUUUAAUUAUAUUCAGACCAGCUUCGUCUAUCACUGAAAGGAGCGGCCUGGACAUUGGAAUUCAGCUCCAGAGUGACUGACUGCUGCUUAACCUUGAUGGGCGAAUCAGGGUCGUGCCGCUCCACGCUCGUCUCCAGGCUGCCCAUCUUCAGGAGGAGCGUGAGUAAGAGGCAGGACUCGUUGCCCUCCUCCCCGUCCUCAGGCGGCGUGGGCAAUGGCGUCCACACCUCGUCCCCCUCCAGCACCAACUCUAGCAACAGCAGCACGGGCAAGCGCCGUAGCCUGUUCCGCACACCCUCCAUCCGCUUCAGCAGCAAGAGGAACAGCGAACCACCACGCAUCCAGACCCCUCCGCUAGAUCCAGCCCAGGACUCCAACGGACGCCAGGCCAACCCUCAGCUGGACUUUCACGAUGGCGCUGGGCCUCCACGGGCCAAGACGCGGCACUCAUUUGGCUUCGGGGGCCACCGGCAGAAGAAGAUCACCCGCUCGCAGACGGAGGACUUUGAAAAGGUGUCUUCCACAGCCAAUAGGAAUGUGUUCAUCAAAUGCAUCAGCUCAGGUACCAAUGAGGGAGACGACUCUGGGUUUCUGGAUGACUACAGCGGCGGCAGCAAACGCUCGUCCAGGCAGAAGAAACAGUUGCUGCCCAAGUCAUUCUCUGCACACCACCGCUUCUCCAAGAACUCUGAGCAGUGCAAGCCCCCGGAGGUGAGCAUAGAGCUCCCAACGUCCGGGGGUACCCUGGGCUCGUGGCCAGGUGAGCUGCUGGGGGAGAGCUCCCUGCAGUCGCCCAUGCUGUCUGAGGACCACACCACAGCCCUCACACCCUCAGAGUUUAAUGUCCCCAUCACAGAGGACACUGUGUCCGAGGUGGAUGCGCUACCCGCACCCAGCCCAGCCGACCCGCCAGACAACAACUUCAGCCAUGUUGUCUCUACAUCCCAAGUGUUCUUCAUGCCUGCCCAAGCUGCCACAGACAAGCCCCUCCUGCCAGACACCAGCACAGCCACCACCACGGAGUGUGAGACUGCAAUUCCUGUCACAGGGCCAGCAACAGCAACAGCUGCAGCAACACCAAUGCCACCGCAACAACAACAAUCACAGGAAGAUAAGGAAGAGGGAGAAGAGGAGAAGGAGGAUGUGCCGGUGGUGGAGGAAGAGGUGAGACCAGAGCAGACGGAGACUAGUGGGAGCGAGGCAGGCCCAGUGCGUAGUAAAGGUUACCAUUCCAAUCCAGAGCAGUCUGAGAGGAGGUCCAGGAACUCCGUACUCAUCCAGGAACCAGGGAAGGGAGCGUGUUGUGGUAGACAUGAACCCGGGUCAUGCCACCUGAGGAAACCCCACACAGUGUCCAUGUGCAGCAGCGGCGCCAGUCCCUACCACGAAGUGAUACGCAUGGAGCGCCGGCUCCGCUCCUCCUCGGAAGGGGCUGGGGUGCCGCGGCGGCUCCACCUCAACCUCAAAGAGCCCCACAGCGCCACCGAGGGUAACGUCCUGCUCAGAAAGAGGAACAACUCAUCCUCCUCCAAGCUGGGCAGCCUGGACCUACUGAACAACCUGGGUUCCUCUGAGCUGGAUGAGGACGACCUGAUGUUGGACCUGGAGCUCUCUGAUGACCAACGCCAGCGUCACGUAUUCCGAGAGGACUCCAGUCAGUCCUUGUCCUCCUGCCUGAGCCUGCUACACUCCCGCUUUGAGCCCUCUGGAGACGGGAUCCCUGGCAGGGAGCCCUCUGGAAACAGGAUCCCUAGCAGGGAGCCCUCUGGAGACGGUAUCCCUAGCAGGGAGCCCUCUGGAAACAGGAUCCCUAGCAGGGAGCCCUCUGGAAACAGAAUCCCUAGCAGGGAGCCCUCUGGAGACGGGAUCCCUGGCAGGGAGCCCUCUGGAAACAGGAUCCUCGGCAGUGAGCCCUCUGGAGACGGGAUCCCUGGCAGGGAGCCCUCUGGAAACAGGAUCCUCGGCAGUGAGCCCUCUGGAGACGGGAUCCCUGGCAGGGAGCCCUCUGGAGACGGGAUCCCUAGCAGGGAGCCCUCUGGAAACAGGAUCCUCGGCAGUGAGCCCUCUGGAAACAGGAUCCUCGGCAGGGAGCCCAGAGACGCCACCGCCCACAGGGAGCCGAGCCGGCCCACUACCCUGCUGCCUGCUGACUGGUGCCUGGGCCGGGAGGACGAGGCACUGCCCCUUAGGCUGAUGCAGCAGGACUGCACCUCCGUCAAGACUCUGCUGCUGCGCCUCCGGAGGACCCUGCAGGAGAGCACUGACACAAGUCCUGCAAGCAGCCUUCAUUCUCUCCCCAUCAGCCCUUGUAGUGAGAAGUCACUGCCCCUCAAGGAGCCGGGGAGGGAAGAGGCUCUGGUGCUGCAGCUGAGGGAGAAGGACGAGCUGAUCCUCCAACUCCAAGCUGAACUGGAGAGUGCCAAAGCUGCCCUGAAACCCAUCUGCCAAAAAGCUGACAGAACCACGCAGACUGACCGCCCUGGAUCAGAGACCAUCCAUCCCAGCCGCGCAACAAGCCAAAACAGUACCAGCACAAGAGACAGAAGGCCGGCUCGGUCUCUCAUCGCGGACCAAUACAGCCGUAUGGCGGCAGACCACUCCACUUCCAGCGAUGAGAGCCACUGCCCAGCCCCAGCCCUGUCGUCUAGUGGGGAGGCAGGGACCGGGGGAGGCAGGGACCAUGCAGGACCCCCUAGGAGACCAGAAGGGGCUCUGACCUCAUCAGAGGUAGGGGCUCUCAGGAGAAUCGACUACCCAGCCAGCCAGAUCCCCCGGGCGGUGGGGGUGGGGGCUGGGGUGUGGGGCAGCAGCUCCAGCCUCCAGAGCCGAGGCAGUCCCUGCCGCAGCAGCCUCUCAGACAGCGAGAGAGCCCCUGUACCUAUCCCUUGCCAACCUUCUUUCUCCACCUCAUCUUCCUCUUCCUCCUUCACGGGCCGCCUGGGCCAGCCUCCCAGAGGGCCCCUUUCCCUGCACAUGUACAGCCGCAAGAACGUCUUCCUGCAGCACUCACUUCAAACUGCCGAACUGCAGGCCCUGGCCCAACACGACGGCUGAAGCACUGGCGUCCUGCGCACACACACGCACACACACACGUACACAACCACUCAGACUUACACACACCUUUCACUUUCCCCAUAUCCCCUAAAACAUAUAAUUGAAUGGACACAUCACCGUCUGAAUCAUGGAAGUGAAAGUCAUCUCUGGAAUUCACCUAACAAUCAGUGUCCUCAACCCUCAAAACUUCCAAUCAACUUGACUUUAGCUCAAAUCCUACCCAUUUCUUACAUUUCAUUCAUCUCAACCCUUGCUGUCAGUCCUUCCCAUCCCUGAGCAGAGUAUGCUGUAACAGACACUAUCCUGUACCCACCAUCUAGAUCACAGUAUUGGGACAUUACCUGCUUUUCUUCUGAAAUGCAUAUUCUGUGUUACACGAUCAUCCAAGCAUACCUCUAGACUCACAGAACCUCGGAAGGUACAUGUCUGUGUAGUUCUGUGCAUUUGACCACUUUGACAUAUUAAAAGGUUGAUAGAUGUGCUCACUUGAACACACACACACACACAAACACACACACACACACACACACACACACACACACACACACACACACACACACACACACACACACACACACACACACACACACACACACACACACACACACACACACACACACACACACCAGCCAGCCAGCCAGCCAGCCAGCCAGCCAGUCUGCCAGUCAUUCAGUCAGUCUACCAGUCAUUCAGUCAGUCUGCCAGUCAUUUAGCCAGCCAGCCAGUCAGUCUGCCAGCCAGCCAGCCAGCUAGUCAGUCUGCAGGUCAGUCUGCCAGUCAGUCUGCCUGUCAGUCAGUCAGUCUGGCACUCAGCCAGCCAGUCUGCCCGCCAGCCAGUCAGCCAAACACCUUAGAUCAGCACUAAAUGAGCUUUGGCUGACAGCUGCUUAUGCCCACACACACACUGCUAUUACACCCUAACAUGGAGACACUCCACUCCCCUCUCAGCUCUAACACUACAGGGAAUUAACUAAUGUGAACGUUACAGUUUUGUCAGCAUAGCUGAACAUGGCCAAUCCAUGCUGCUCAUUGCACUGACAAUGUGACUGACAUUCUUCUCAUAUUUGCCAAAUCCUGUCAAAGAUCCUAACUCUGAUUUCUGACACACAGACAGUCAGUCCCAUUUAAGGGAGUUUCAUUCAUUAACCUUUUAAUUGUUGCAUGCUUUUUAAGAUGAUAUACACAUUUAAGUGCGGGGGGGG